UCUAGCAAUUUUCCGUCGAGGAAGGAAAGUGUCCUCCGCAUAACGGGGUGUAGUGAAUUCUUUGCGAACGUGUGUUGCGCCGUAUGUUGUGUGGCUGGGUUUUUGAUUGAUUGUGUUUGGGUGCGUUGCCGUGCGUGCUAGCCUUUUCCCAUACGUACCAUAUUCAGCCCAGUGCCUUCGACCGUAGCUCGACGGAUUCCAAAACAAGUUGCGUUGCUGCAAACAAUCUUUGUCAUCGGGUGUCACCGCCAGUGCCAGGUGGGGCGGAUACGCUAGCAGCAGGUGAACCGUAUUGAGCAAAUUGACCACAACGCUGCGGAGAAGAAGGUGAUCAGUGCGACCAGCAUAAUACAUAAGAAGAAAAGCGCUGCAAAAUGUUAGCUCUUCUCAAUCGCAUCCUGGACUGGUUCAAAAGUCUCUUCUGGAAGGAGGAGAUGGAGCUAACACUCGUCGGUUUGCAGUAUUCCGGCAAGACAACCUUUGUCAACGUAAUCGCCUCAGGACAGUUCUGUGAGGACAUGAUUCCAACCGUUGGCUUCAACAUGCGGAAAGUAACGAAGGGAAACGUCACGAUUAAGGUGUGGGAUAUCGGCGGCCAGCCACGUUUCCGGUCCAUGUGGGAACGGUACUGCCGGGGUGUGAAUGCAAUCGUGUACAUGGUGGAUGCAGCGGAUUUGGAUAAAAUGGAAGCAUCGCGCAAUGAACUGCACUCGCUGCUCGAUAAACCGCAGCUAGCCGGCAUUCCUGUGUUAGUGCUUGGUAACAAGCGGGACAUUCCCGGUGCACUGGAGGAGACUGGGCUGAUCGAUAGAAUGAAUUUGUCUAGCAUACAAGAUCGGGAGAUCUGUUGUUAUAGUAUUUCUUGCAAAGAAAAGGAUAACAUCGACAUCACCCUGCAGUGGUUAAUCGCCCACUCGAAGAGCCAAAGUCGUUAAACAGUGGUACUAGAAUCAAAAUAAGCUCUAAAGUGUAUGUGCGUGCGUGUAUGUGUGUAUGUGCUGUUAGGCCAACCCUUGGGGUAAACUUCUGGGUCGUAACAAUCUGCAAGAGGAACACACAAAUCCAACCAACCAACAGAAAAAUCUCAUAUUGUACACCGUCGAGGCGCCUGUCUCAACCGUUAACAGCUAAUAGUAAUAUGCUGCAGAUCGCAACAAAGGAAUUACCAAAUGGAUUUGGGUGCAACGUGGUGGAGAGAAGAUCAAUCAUUAGCAGCUAUCUCGUGGGCUUAGUGUUCUGUGAGGUAAGCGUAUGCAGUUUUGUUUUGGCAUAGCACAGUUAUGCUUUAAAGGCACUAUGCUGGUGUAAAAAUUAAAACAGUCCCUGCGGCGCAACGGAUCCUAUCCACGGAUCCGUAUUGCACUAGAUUUGUAUUAUCGGUACAGAUUGUGGUGAUGUGAAGUACUGUAGUUCGCCAUCGCCAGACGCCUAAAACUAGAAAUCGUAGCAAUUGCUCUCAACCAUCACCAACACAAGAACAACGCGAUUUUGCUAAGCUAACGAAAAUCCACUAGAAAAUCCCGACGCCUAGACAAAGACAAAACAAACAGAAAAGCGAAACUGCUGCGAUAACACUGAUUAGUCAGAUAGUAGUGCCGGAACCAAUUUAGCGCAGCAUUGUUAUCGUUAGGCUGUUGUGCGCCAAUCGCACAUUGUGAUCGUCAGUGCAAUGCAGAAUUUGUCGCUACAAGCACAAUAGAAGUGCAAUGUAUAUUCAAUCACAAUGUGCUGAUUCGCCAUUUGCCGCGGUUGUUAACCGAUAUUCAUGUUUGCUUCCGAAUCAAUGGGUUAUUAGGCGAAAGGAUAGGAGAUCUAUCGAGAUAUUCGAGAUGAUUUCCAAACCAAGAGUUUCACCGUGCUAGAACUAAGUGGAAAGUUACUGAAAUGUUACAUUGAAUUAAUUAGCAGCGUAUGCCAGUUCUUUUUAAUGCGAACUAGUAGCAGUUUCACCGUAUGAAUACCUACGCAAAGCAGUGAGACAAAAGCGUGAAUGUAGAAUGAGCGAAUGAUAUUAGAGCGUAAGUGUAAGUGCGAAUCGUAACGAAUGAAUGAAUUUGUGUGAGCAUCUGCUAGAGAAAUAUGUUUCAUUUGAAAAUAGAUAAAACGAAACGCGAUAUAUAAGCUAACCCAAAUAAUCGCAAAACAAAAUUAAUCUUACGUUUUCUGUUAAAACUGGGUUUGAAGCAAUCAGAGUUAACCGAGUGGUGUUCAGUUUUGCACAGUUCUCGUCUGGUUCGAAGUGAACAAACAGGGAGUUAUUUUGUUUCCAUCUUUGAAUUUUACUUCUAAGACUAGACGUAAUUAUUUCCAUCCAAUGCUUUCGAUUAUUGUUUUUCUUCUGAAAUUUUAUUUAAUUUGUGUAUUGUGCAACCGAACCAUAUUUUGAAAUCGUGCCGAGGUCAUGAUUCAUGAUCCAUGUAAUUUUGUUUUCCAUCUCUUGUGAUUUGUAUAUGUAUAAUUUUGUUAACCUUUCAAAUAGAAUACAUUAUAUUACCAUGAUGCUAUACUAUCUACCCAAAACAAGAUACAACACAAACACGAUUUCCCUGAGUUGUCGUGAUAAUGGCGAGUGUUGCGCAAUCACCGUCACGAAUAAAAAUUCAGUACAUAAUUUAAAAAAAGUAAUCUAAACUUGAAAAAGGAACAGUUAGAUAGUAGCGAUUUGAAAUAUGAAAAAAAGGAACAAACACUGGCUAAGACAAGAAAGAGAGAUAGAGAAAGAAAGUGGUAAAGUGGCGUUCGUAACAACAAAAGCAAAAGUAAAUCAACAUUGCUGCGGGAAGGGGAAAAGUAGUAACUAUCUUGAUACCAAUAAUAACAACCAAUAGAAGUUGAAGUGUAUAUAUUGACAACCAUAAAAUUAUAACGCAAAUCAUAUAUUAAAAAAGAAUAAAUCAA